UGUCAACGUACCUGAAAAAACAAACGAGAUUGCGCCCCACUCUCAAGGAAGUGCGGAGAAAUUGAUGCGCUUUUUUUCAGCUGAGUUGGCUCAUGUCAAAAGCUGGUGAUUCACUCUUCUUAUUGUUUAUACACCCUGAGAUAAAUUGCUCCCAAAGUACGGAGUAAUAAUCUGCCAGAGGCCACAAGUCACAUCUUUGAAAAUGCCCCGGAGAAAGAGGACCGCAGGCAGCAGCUCCGACGGGACCGAGGACUCGGAUUUUUCCGCCGACCUCGAGCACGCCGAGGUCUCCGAGAGCGCGCACAGGCGCAGCAGCACGCGCCUGACUCGGGCUUCGCUGCGCCUCAGUCAGAGCUCGCAAGAUAACUGCAGCUCAGUACAGAGCAGUUCUCCCGUAGCCGCGGGUCCUGAUGAAGGCCUGGAUUCAGCAGCAGAGUCGGCAGCAGCAACAGCAGUGGCAGCGUCAGUCUUCUCCUCCGGGCGCAGGGUCACACGCAGCCAACAGGGGGCAACAAACACCACAGCCAAAAGAUACCCACUGCGUCAGAGUAGGUCGUCUGGCUCAGAUACCGAGGCUAACGCAGACCUAAAGCAGGGGGUGGACCGGGAUGAGACCCCUCCUCGCACCCCAACAGGCAAUGCCCCAUCCUCAGAGUCAGACAUCGAGGUUUCCAGCCCAAGCAAUGACCUUGUGUCUUCUAGCAACGAUAUUGUAGUUUCACAAGAGGAGGACGAGAGAUUGGCUAAAGAGCUGUCACUCAAAGAGGCCGCCGCCCACGACCUUUCCCACCGGCCCAAACGACGGCGCUUCCAUGAGAGCUACAACUUCAACAUGAAGUGUCCCACACCUGGGUGCAACUCACUGGGUCACCUGACAGGGAGGCAUGAGAGACAUUUCUCCAUAUCGGGAUGUCCUCUCUACCACAACCUCUCUGCUGACGAAUGCAAGGGAAAGGCUUCAACGCGGGACAAACAGGUUGAGGAAAGGACACUGUCACACCGUCAGGACGAGAACAGACAUUCCACGAGAAACCAGGCCCCAACAGAGCGUCAGCUGCGCUACAAGGAGAAGGUGACAGAACUGAGAAGGAAGAGGAACUCUGGUCUCAAUAAAGACCAGAAGGAAAAGUACAUGGAGCACCGUCAAAGCCACGGGGUGAGCCGGGAGCCGCUGCUGGAGAACAUCACCAGCGACUAUGAUCUUGAGCUGUUCAGGAAAGCGCAGGCACGUGCCUCGGACGACCUUGAGAAGCUCCGUCUGGCAGGUCAGGUGUCGGAGGGCAGCAACAUGAUAAAGACCAUUGUGUUUGGUCGCUAUGAGCUGGACACCUGGUACCACUCUCCAUAUCCAGAGGAGUACGCCCGCCUGGGGAGACUCUACAUGUGCGAGUUCUGCCUUAAGUAUAUGAAGAGCCAGACCAUUCUGCGCAGGCACAUGGCUAAGUGUGUGUGGAAGCAUCCUCCAGGUGACGAGAUCUACAGAAAGGGGAACAUCUCUGUCUUUGAGGUGGACGGAAAAAAGAACAAGAUUUACUGUCAGAACUUGUGUUUGCUGGCGAAACUCUUCCUGGACCACAAGACUCUGUAUUACGAUGUCGAGCCUUUCCUCUUCUAUGUCAUGACUGAAGCUGACAACACAGGGUGCCACCUGGUCGGAUACUUCUCUAAGGAGAAGAACUCUUUCCUGAACUACAACGUGUCCUGCAUCCUCACUAUGCCACAGUACAUGAGGCAGGGCUAUGGCAAGAUGCUCAUCGACUUCAGUUACCUGUUGUCCAAGGUGGAGGAGAAGGUGGGUUCACCUGAGCGUCCUCUGUCUGACCUGGGCCUUAUUAGCUACCGGAGUUACUGGAAGGAGGUGCUGCUGCGCUACCUGAACAAUUUUCAGGGCAAGGAGAUCUCCAUCAAAGAGAUCAGUCAGGAGACGGCAGUGAACCCAGUGGAUAUUGUCAGCACACUGCAGUCCCUCCAGAUGCUCAAAUACUGGAAGGGAAAGCACCUGGUUUUGAAGAGACAGGACCUUAUUGACGACUGGAAGGCCAAGGAGACCAAACGUGGUAACGGCAAGACCAUUGAUCCCACAGCCUUAAAAUGGACUCCGCCUAAAGGGACGUAGAGGAGCUUCCUUUCACACUCCAAAAGCCCCAAACACACGCAAACACAGAUUGAUCCUCUGUACACUGGCAUGCUCACUGACCCUGAGCCCAAAACUUCACACACACUCUCGUACAAAACGCUUUCAGCAGCUACAGCACAGUCAUCCAUUUACAGUCAGCCGUUACUCUGGGUUCAAGCAGUCACUGUCAUGGCUCGAGAAACUGGCUUCAGCCCAACAAAGAAUGUAAAAUAAAACUGAGAGAAAUGAAGCAAAUACAGUACAUUCCCGUAUUAAUUGUUUUAAACUGCCGUGUGUGGUCAGUUUGCAAAAUCUGGCUCUGCAAAAUUUAUCCAAGCUGUCGUUUCCAUCGAGAUGAGUGAGGCCCUCCUGAUGAAAUGUACACUUAAAAUUGUAAAUGUGAAACAAAACAUGUAAAAAUGUGUAGGAGCAGAACAUGAGAAGUAAUGGUUAAUUAAUGGGAAGGUUUAAUAACAGGUGAAAAAAGCGUUGCUCCAGCAACGGAUGCCCCUAAAUACUUGAGUUAAGCUAAUAGUAACAUAAGAGUUGUGGUUUAGACGUGGUUGAAGCAAUAACCAAUGUAUUUAAAGAAAAACUAGACUCUACAGCCUAGUGUUCAUAUUCAGGUCACACAUGUAGACAACUGUAUGCCACUGGCUAUUACUAUCUUUAAUUAAGGUAAUAUUUGACCAGUUUUUUUAGAUUUUGUAAAUUAGCUUUUCUUUAUCCACGUUGUGAUCUUCUUUUCACUAACACAUGCUUAGUAGAAAGAAAAGCUUCCUAGUUUUCCUCUUCCCUUGUCACUCCUGUCCUUCAAAUAUUUGUUUAAAAACUGUUUGUUCAUUUAAAAUGACUGGUGCAUUUGAAAAUCCAAGCACUGCUGGCCUUAAAUGACAAACCAAAGUGUAUGGAGCCCCAAAGUGUUCAAUAUUAAAUUCUAACAAAAAAAUCUAAAAUAAAUUAUCACAUAAAUAAACUGUGUAGUAAAUGUGUAUAAUAUAAAUAAAACAAUAACUUGUGAAGCAAUUACUGAAACUCAUUAUUAUUAAAUCUUAUUUUCCUAAUUCUUAUCUUCACAAAUUUUAUAGUUCAUCUUCAUUUAAUGAUGCAAUUUUUUAUUUUAAAAUUCCCUUUUUAAAAAGUCUAAUUUUUCCCAGUGAAACUUUUUUUUUUAAUGACAUAUCACUUUUAAUUCCAUGUCACAUUCAUGACAUUGGUGGAGUCACCUCUAUCUCACCUUUCAGUUUAUUACACACCCCCCGUUUCUGAAGCUAGCAAGAGCAGCUGCCACCACAUUUAGCCAGUUAGCUCGUGUUAGCUAUCUUUUUAUAUUUAUUUAGCUUAGCAAGGCUUCACGUGCUACCCAACAAGCUGGCUAACUAGCUAGGCCGGGUUGUGAGCUUGGUUUACAUACUCGGCAUCAAUGUGAAGAGCCAAUGCUUUCGGCAGCAGCCAACGGUAGCUGGUUCAUUCAGAUUUACUUCUCUUCGCUUUGAUGGCGAAUCAGAGGCCAAGUUCACCAGCUGGCCUGGCUAGUUAACCAGCUAGCUUGGUAGCAUGAGCAGCCUUGUUAAGCUAAGGCUCAAAAGCCAACGAGGUUUUGUUACGGUUGUCUGAAAACCGUGUAGCAGCCUCAAGUUCGAUGAUUCAGAAUUACUUUGACGUUGUUGUCGCUCCAGCUAACAGAUGCUAUUUGGCUGAUACUGGUAGCGGUCGUUGAGUCUGCUAGCUUAAGGGGGGCAGGGGGCCAUGACUGGGUGAAAAAUGAGAGGAAGGUGACAACACCACUGUCAUUAAAAGUGACAUUAGCAAAAUCAGACAUGAAAUACAGGUGUGACCUUCUUUUUCAUUUUAUUUAAUAUCGAACACUGGGGUUCCAUAUAGGAGAAGCCGACAUUCACCAUCUCUGUUGAGUUAAUAAUUUCAGUUUCAGGCUUCAACUAAGACUCUUGUCCAACAUACAGUACGACUAAAAUGUAAAAUAGAGGGCCACAGUAGCAGGCAGUGAUGUCAGUCUACGUAGGAUUGCUGCUGAUGUCUCCUCAACCUCAUUUGUUACCUGAAACCUGAAAGUAAUUGCGCAUAGUUAGCGCACCUCCUACCAAACACUUAAUCAGCGCAGACCACCAGGCACACUCGCUAAUCCAAUCUGCGACAGCCGGUAUUGAACCUGUGCUGCAUUUCACUCUGUUCUCAAGACAGAACGCGUGUCGGCAGCACGCUGACUCACGCGGCGCGUUUUGGCAGACACAGACCAGCUGGCUCUGAUUACACGGGACAAGGCCUGCGCUCAAAAUGCAUCAGGUUUCUAAGAAUAGGACCCCUGACCUCGACGAGAGAAACUCCGGAAAAGGUAAAAAAAAAUAUAUACAUAGAGGUUCAGUAACCGCCAUGAAUAAAAUUUGACCUAAUAUUAACAACACUGUCAUUUCAAACGUUGUGGUACAAUGGGAAGAGUGGGCAGAUGAGCUGUAGAUUGAUGUAGCGCUUCAUCAUGCAGCCCAUCAACCCACUCGUGUACAGGUGAAACGGUAUGAAGGGUUAAGACGGUCUCAGGUGAGGUCUUUUACCUCUGUCAGAUUGUCUUUUUGUGUAAAAGGCACACAGACCAAACAGUGGCUGUCUGAACCCAGAGUAAAUCAGUUCCACCUCACUCUCAUGCAACACACACACAUACACAGUGUCCAGUAUUUAACCCAUUCCACUAGUCGGUCGGUUAACCAGGAAGCUAUAGCUGCCAUUGGCCAUGUUUGUACUGUGUUACGUCCCCAGGAUGGGACCUUUUGUCGUCGCCCCCCCCCCCUUUUUUUUUUUUUUUUAAGUUUUACCUUUUAGUUUCAGCUGUGUUAUUUCAUGAUGUCUACUCUGUAUUCUGAACAGCGAAGGAACAUGGGGAAUCUCAGCUGUUGGCGUGUGGGAGCUCACAAACAUGUUCUCUGUGUCCUUCGUGUAGAUUUUUGUUCCAGUUCUCAAUGAUAUUUCACACUUUUUCUACCUCUAAGGUUUUACCACUGUAUAAAAGCUAGAACGGCCCGUUUUCGGCAUGUUGUGCUUUCUUUUUUAUUCUGUGUGUUAAUAUGUGAAAAUCUGUAGCUGUGUUUGGCCAGCAAGUUUUUUUAUUAGAUUUUUUAUUUAUAUAUACAUAUACAUAUAUAUGUUUAUAUAUAGACACACAUAUACAUAUA